AGUGAUUUCCUGGCGAGGCGUCACGGCUUGUUCUCGGACUGGCAGCACCUGCAUCAGGAGGCCCAUGUGGAUCGGCAGUGAGAGGGCCGCAGACCUCAGCACCUUAGCGGUUUCUCCUUUCAGUGUUUCGCCUCGUGAAUGUGCGCUGCCGUCGCCAUUGUUCCAGGAUGCUGCUAGAGGCGAGGGACGACGAGGAGACGACAGUGUUUAAAGCGGCUGCCGCUUCUGUGCAGGUUCUGGUGGAGCCGGUGGGUCGGUGGUUUGAGGCCUACAUCAGGAGGAGAAGCAGAAAUGUGUCGGCCUCCUUCCAAGAGCUGGAGGAAGAAGAGGAGUCCUCAGAAGAGUCGGAGGAUGAGGAGUUACAGCUGGAGGAGCACCCGAUGCUCCGAACACUGGAUCCUAAAGACUGGAAGAAUCAAGAUCACUACGCUGUCCUCGGUCUGCCACACUUGCGGUAUAAAGCCACACAGAAGCAGAUUAAAGCGGCCCACAAAUCAAUUGUGUUGAAGCACCACCCUGACAAAAGGAAAGCGGCAGGAGAGCAGAUCGUUGAAGGAGACAACGACUACUUCACCUGUAUAACUAAAGCUAUCGAAAUCCUGUCGGACCCGGUGAAGAGAAGAGCCUUCGACAGCGUGGAUCCGACCUUCGACAAUAGCGUGCCGUCCAAAAGCGAGGGCAAAGAGAACUUUUUUGAGGUGUUUGCUCCCGUUUUCACGCGAAAUGCCAGAUGGUCUUCCAAAAAGCACGGGCCCUCUCUAGGAACCAUGGACUCCUCUUUUGAAGAAGUAGACAAUUUUUACUCCUUUUGGUAUAACUUUGACUCAUGGAGGGAAUUCUCUUACUUAGACGAAGAGGAAAAGGAGAAAGCCGAAUGUCGAGACGAAAGGAGAUGGAUCGAGAAGCAGAACCGAGCUUCCAGAGCUCAGAGGAAAAAGGAGGAGAUGAACAGAAUACGCACGCUAGUUGAUACGGCCUACAGCUGUGACCCUAGAAUAAAGAAAUUCAAAGAAGAAGAAAAAGCCAGGAAAGAGGCUGAGAAGAAGGCAAAGGCUGAAGCCAAGAAGAAAGAGCAGGAGGAGAAGGAGAGAGUUCGGCAGGCAGAGCGAGAGGCGGCUCGUCUGGCGAAGGAGAAGGAGGAGGAGGAGGCCCGACAAGCCGCGCUGCAGGCCAAGAAGGAGAAGGAGAUCCAGAAGAAAGCCAUCAAGAAGGAGAGGCAGAAACUCAGGACCACAUGCAAGAACUGGAAUUACUUUGCCGACAGUGAAGCUGACAGCGUGAAAAUGAUGGAGGAGGUGGAGAAACUCUGUGACCGUCUGGAGCUGACCAGUCUGCAGAGUCUGAAUGAGAUCCUGGCCUCGGCUUCAAAGGAGGACAGCAAGGCGGCAGUGGAGAAGCAGGUAGAGGAAGUGAACGCCCAGCUGCAGAAGGAGAAGGACGCAGAGGUUCAGGCCCGGCAGGCGGCCCGGAGCGCCGAGCAGGCCAGCGGGGGCGCCGGCGGAGGGAAGGGCUGGUAUGAGGACGACCUCCAGCUGCUCAUCAAAGCGGUCAACCUGUUCCCUGCUGGAACCAACGCCAGGUGGGAAGUUAUUGCUAACUACAUGAACCUGCACUCCACCAGUGGGAUGAGGAGGACAGCCAAAGACGUCAUUAACAAAGCCAAGAAUCUUCAGAAGCUCGAUCCACUACAGAAAGAUGAGAUCAACAAAAAGGCCUAUGAGAAGUUCAAGAAGGAGCACACAUCGGUGCCGCCCUCCAUAGACAACGCCUUGCCCUCAGAGAGGUUUGAUGCCACGGGAAAUGAAGUGAACGCCGCCCCCUGGACCACAGAGGAGCAGAAACUUCUAGAACAAGCUCUGAAGACCUACCCUGUGAGCACACCUGAACGCUGGGAGAAGAUUGCUGGUGCUGUUCCUGGACGAAGCAAGAAGGACUGUAUGAAGAGGUACAAGGAACUGGUGGAGAUGGUCAAAGCCAAGAAAGCUGCUCAGGAACAAGUGGCAUCCAAGAAUAAAAAAUGACACCAACCACAGAGGAUACAAUCUGUGUUAUUUUAAUGUUAUUGUGUUAUCCUUUAUUUUAUAAUAAAAAAAAACAAACUUGACCCAA